UGACUGAUACUGCAUUUCGUUGUAGUACAAAGCUUUUUGUUUGUAAAAAUACAAGCAAUUAAAAGAGAGGAGAGAACAUCAGGUCUUCAAAAUGUCUGAGAAAUGUUUAGUGGAUGGAUACUCUUACACUGUAGGGAUGCUAGUAUGUGCGAUACUAAUCAUGGUUGUGUUGAGUUUCAUGAAGAAAAGAGUGCGAUUAAGACCUGACCUGUGGAAUGGUCGACCUGGACUACCCAUACCAGUCAACUUCCUGGGAAAAGAGAGGAACAGGUUGAUUAUUGUACUUGCUUUUGGUGCUACAACAUCUUCAUUUUUCGURAURUUUUACGAAUCCUUUUUURAUAAAAGUGAUUUCGCUAUCGUCAAGAAUAUUCCAAAUACUCCAUACGGAAAAGGUACAAAAACGAUACCAGUAUAA